AUGCAUUGUGGUAUGAGGCAAGUUGGAGAGAGGCAUGUGCCCUAUCAAGUUGAUCUUAUGGUCUGGAGUAACCGUCUGGAUUUGCUAGCAUUAAGUAAUAAUAAAGGUGAAGUCCAAAUACAUAGAUUGCAUUGGCAAAAAGUAUGGAGCUUACCACCUCCAAAAGAAAAUGGCUGUGUACAAGCGAUGGCUUGGAGACCUGAUGGAAAGGCUCUAGCUAUUGGAUACAAUUUAGGAAUUAUUUAUACAGUUAGUGUGGAAGACAAGGGUAUAAUUGAUAAGUAUGAAUUGGAACUAGAAGUCACAGAUGAACUUGAUACUGCUAAGUAUAGCGGCAUUUCUUGUAUUGUAUGGGCGAUACGAACUGACAUCUUGCAAAGUGCCACUGAAUAUAAUUUAUAUGAUGAUGCCUCAAUAUUUUUACAAAAAGUUCCAAUGUCGAGUGGAUACAAAAACAGUAAUGAAGACAACAAAGAUUGCAAGUACAUACAGAAUCCCACACAACUGAACAUGUUAAUUGUCGGAUACGGAACAGGCAACAUUUACCUGAACAUGUAUGGCAGGUAUCCGUAUGGAACUAUUCAACUGGCAGAAGUGGCCAAAGAUGAUUUUGGAGAGUACAAAGUGUUAGACGUUAAUAUGUCAGAUGACUUCAGUGUCAUGCAAGUUCUUUAUGUGGAUAGAUUGACAAACAAUGUUUUUUUGGCUAUUGUUAACACCGGCGUAUUAUCUGCAUACGCCGAUGAAAUAAACACGGUAGCACAUAAACAUGGACAAAUUGUUCAGCUGAUGACUCAACUUGAUCAAACGAUGAUUUCAAUUACUGAAGCAUGGGAACAUAUAUUGCUUGAAAUGGAUACUAAAAUGGCAUAUUACGCUUCAUCUGUGCACGAGGGAGGGGUUUCAGCUGAUCUAUUAGAACUGCUCAUGUUAGGUACUCCAUCAGUGGAUUUACAAGUUUACCUUUUGGAAAAAUUGACAACUAAUGACUUGAAAAAAUUUGGAAAUUCUGUUGAAUUAAGUUACUCGACCAUACAGAAGCUGGUACUGAAACAACUCAAUAUUGUUGGCCAAAGUUUAGUUUAUUAUUUAGCCGAACUCAGAGGACUCACUAGGAUAGAAGACAGAUACAAGAUUCUAGGUUUAGAAGAAAGCAGUGUUACAGAAGCGAUAAAAGCAUGUUGUGCAUUUUUAAACAAAUGUCUGGAAUUACAACAGGUUAUUGAUGUAUCGAUGCGGAACUAUAAAGCUUUCUUCAGGUGGCUUUUUGUAGUAAUCGUUAGACAACUGGAUGAACAAACACCAAGUGAAAUUGUGAAAAUAAAUCAACAGGAAUUGAGCCACAUAGCUGAGUUUCUCUACAAUUUUGACAAUGUAAAAGUAGACAGUUCAGAUAAACCACCUGAUAAAUUGAUCAAAUUUAAUUUAGAAAGAUUAGGGCAAUAUUUGCAAAAUCAAGAACUGACAAUAUUGCCAGAAGAUGAAGACAACACAUGGCAUAAAUUUCUUCAAGACAAUGCUUGCUUCCUUAAAGACAAUGACACAUUUUUCUCCAUGAAAGACUUCAAAAAAUAUUCAUUAGUUCAACAGCAAGCACAUCUUAUAGAGACAGUCACUAAAGUUUUUGAUGUCGUUCAUAAAGAUACAGGAAAAUAUUUUUCUGUAUUAUGUAAUAUUAGAUGCCACGAAGAUCAACUGAACAAAAACCUGCACAAUAGUUUGAGAGUUUCACAAGUCUUUGAUGACACAAAUAAACGAUUGAUGUCUGCCUUUUUGGAUAUAUCAAAUGGAAAAGAAGGAAUUUAUUUUUUGGCUGUCAAUAUAAAGGAGAGAUCUUGUAAUAUUGCAGUUAUGAAAUGCUACUUUUCUUCUUAUUUAGUUCAAAAUGGCACUGAUGAUCAACAAAAUGAACCUACAAAUUUAUUAGAUUUACAAUUCUAUUCCCCAGAAUAUUUGUCAGUUAUUACAACACAUCCUGAAAAUGAGGAAAAUACAAUAUUUAUUCAGGUACCAGUAAAACAUCUCCUGGAAAAUUCUACUGAACUCAAUAUUAACACAAAAUCUUGUAUUUUUACUGACAGAAGUGUAAAGAAGGAUAUUGCGCCUUUAUUAGAACAGAAUGUUUAUAAAGUGCUUGAGAAAAUGGACGGUUCAAGAUUAGCAGUUUCUGGAGGUCGUAAAGUAGCUGUUAUCCUUUCAAAAAGUUCUCGAAAAGUUAGAGUAUUUGAAAUGGAAGUUGAUGGUGAUGAUGAUGAAGACGAUACUCUCGAUACAACACCACAAUCUAUUGGAAAAUUUCAAAACACACCUGAUAAAAGUAAUACUACCAAUGAAGACAAUAUUUUUUAAUAUUUAUUUAAGAAAUUAAAUAUUCUACUCAUCCUUA